GCAGCAAUAAGCAACACGAAGAAGAAUCUCACGCAAACUGUCUUCAAAAGUUGGCAUUCCUGUGCGUUAGAAAAUAGUAUGGAUUGUCAGUUGCUAGCCUAUUCUACGUGUAGUACAUUAUCCAUAUAGUAUAUUAUUUAUGGUAAAUUCUAUGCUAGUCUGUUACCUAGUUGUUAUUUAAUUUUCCCGUUGUUGAUUUGAUAGCAGCUAGCUACAGGAACUAGGUAUAGUCUGUGUAGCUAGCCUAACGUUAGCUAACGUAACUGUUGUUCAGUUACACCUGCUCAGAAGAAUAUGCAGCUAUGUUGUCAUUGAUGUUUAUUGCUCUGUUGGGUUUAUUUAGGGUGUCUGUUUCUGGUUUAAAAGCCCAGAGUUCUCUGUAGUUGGUUAGCUAGCUAUUCCAUUGGCUAACGUUAGACAUUUUAACAUGAAGACGUCAACAAGUGCGGUCGUGAUGCACAUUUUCACUGUUGCUGUAUGCAGCCUAUUGCUGGUUGCUCAAGGGCAGAUGGACGACGACGAAUGGCUUGAUCCGCAUGAUAUGUUGAACUACGAUGCAAGCUCAAAGACCAUGAGAAAGCCUGCUCAGCCUGCUGAGCUGUACCCUAAUGUACCCACCAAAAGAAGGGAAUACAGCCAGGAUUUGGAUAAAAUGGAAGUAAGGGAGUGCAACAACAAAGUGGAAGGGUUACAAAGAGAGAUUGAAGAGUACAAGAAGAAGAUUACACAGGUUGCACAGCAGCCGUCAAGCAACCCAGUGUUCAAGCGAUUCCUCACCAAGCUUCUGAAGGAGAUUGAAAAAGUUGGCCUGCCCACCGAUGUCAAGAACGAUAUCCACUACGACGCCAAAGUGAAACUGUCUCGGCAAGCGGUGACGGAGAUCCGGAAGCUUCUGGAGGGAAUGGACACCUGGAGAACGGGGGCUCUGGACAAUGCCCUCAGUCAGAUCCUGGUGGAUCUCAAACCACAUGACUACGAGGCCUGGAUUUGGCACUUUGAGGACACCUUUGGUGUGGAGAUCGACACAGUCAUGAAGGUGUCUGUGUGGGUCUUAAUCAUAGUGGUCAUCAUCUGCAGUGAGCUGUGGUCUACAGUCUCCUGGUUUGUCCAGUUCAAGAGAAUCUUUGCCAUCUGCUUCUUCAUCAGUCUGGUCUGGAAUUGGUUCUAUCUCUACAAGAUUGCGUUUGCCGAGCACCAAAACAAAAUGGUGAAGAUGGAGGGCGUCGACGCAAAAUGCACUGGGAGGAAGAAAAUUGACUGGUGGGAUAACUUGAAGGAUUGGUACAGAGGUGCCAUGACUCUCCAAGACGAUCCCUGUAAGAUGUACUACGAAGUCCUCAUGGUCAACCCCAUCCUUCUCGUACCACCAACUAAGGCUAUCACUAUGACCAUCACCACCUUCUUCACGGAGCCUCUGAAGCACAUUGGUCAGGGGAUCAGCGAGUUCCUACGAGCCCUCCUCAAGGACCUACCGGUCACCUUGCAGAUCCCUGUGCUAGUCACCAUCGUGCUCUCCAUCCUGGUCUUCAUGUAUGGCAGCGCUCAGGCCGCUAUCCAGCAUGGCAUCACCAGACCACUGCGUGUCGGUGGGCCCAGGGAUCCCUCUCCCCCAGCCUUGGAUCAGCCCAUGCCUGAGGACCGUCUGAGAGGGACAGACCGCAACCCACAGGCAGGGGGGGACGCCCCUCAAUACUCCCCUCUCCCGCUUAAACGCCGACUAGGACCAGCAGCCAACCAGGGGGCUCAGGACAGGACCUAUGUCGGCCAGAGGAGCCCCCCCCCCAGGGCGCAAAAGGAACCGACCAGGAGGUACGUGGAGACCCUGAGGAACACCGACUGGCGGUACAGCGAGGACAAGAUUAUCUCAGAGUGUUGGGACGAUUUCACUGAUGCAGUGGAUACCAACCCCCUAACGGUAGAGGGUAAUACCAACAUUCAGGCAGAUAUGCAAGAAGAACCAGUUGAAGUUGGAUCCACAACAGAAGGCAAUGACUCGCAAGAAGCUAAACCCUCUCCAGCGAAAGUCAAACCAGAUGAGGAUGUGGCAUCUGACUCUAAAGGGGCAGCUGAUAGCAUGGCUGAGCACCAGGCUGAGUAUACUGGAGGUCGUGCCAGCCCAGUGCAUGCCACUCCAGCAAGUGGUCUCGGGCACGAGCAACAUGACAAAUUCUUGAAACACGAACCAGAGAGUAAUUUUACGCUUCAGACCCACCCUGCUAACGCAGCCAGUGUAGCAGGUUUCAUUGACAACAUUGAGAGCGUGUCAGUCGCUGCUCAGCUUAAGUAGCACAUCCAGUGUAGCAGGUCUGUUAGGCCAAUACAUAGGCUUCAUUCUAAGCGGUAUGCUAAUGGAUAUUGGAAACUGUUUCUGGGUACAGUCAGUAAGCCCCCUGUCCUUGUAUGUUAAAAUGCUUACCACAGCAUUUUACAUGGGAUGAUUCAGAUUCUACAUAAAUUGGUAAAUAGUACCUUCUCUUAAAUCAGCUAAUUCAGUGUUUUUACAUUUGUUAUUCCUAUUUUCUUUUUGCUGUCUCGUGUUUUUCUUGCUUUUGUUUGUGUGCCUGGUCAAUGUGCAUGUACUGUCAACACAUGAAUAUGAAUGACGUAUGUAUGUUGUGCAAUAAUCCUGUCACUAUUUUGUGGCAACUCGCCAUCUCUUCUGAAAUGAUGUGAAUUAUGUUGUGUGUUUAGGGCUCGACAUUAACAUUUUAUAGAUUUGAGUUCACAUCACCAUAUCAAAAAGUUUCCCUGAUCAGAAUAGAAUCCGUGGUGUCUGGAUGCAAUGUAUUGCUGUUCUCCCAAUAUCUGAGCAGGAUUGCACUGAUAGGCAGAGCGGUCUUUCAAUCAUCCAUGGUUGCGAGAUCCGUGUGUAGCCACACGUGCACAUUUGUUGAUAUUCCUUGCUAAUUAGUGAGUUAUUUGCACAGUUAUAGCAAACAGGCUUCAUAUGGUAAUGAAAAUCAUGUAAAAGUCAUGGUUGGUGCAUCGGCUGCAUCUAUGCGAGUGGGCCAGAAGAGGGAGACAUUGCAGCAUGUAGGCCUAGCCUGUAAAAUAAAGACGAGACAGCCAAUUCAACACACAUCUUGUAGCCUGGCUAGUUAACUACGGUGCAUUCGGAAAGUAUUCAAAUCCCUUUCCUUUUCCCCCACAUUGUUACAUUACAGCCUGUAACGUAAUGAAUUCAUUGUUUUCCUCAAGCUACACCAAUACCCCAUAGUGACAAGGCUGAAAUAACUUAUGUAAACAAGUAUUCAGACGCUUUGCUAUGAUACUCAACAUUAAGCUCAGGUGCAUCCUUGAGAUGUCCACCUGUUCUAAAUUCAAUUGAUUGGACAUGAUUUUGAAAGGCACACCUGUCUA